AUGUCUGAUAUCGGAGAAGACAACAUGUUUGAUAAGAUGUUUGCCGAAAUCAAUGCCAGUUUGGGCACUAGUAUGGAAGACAUUCUAGCACAGAUAGAUUGCAGCCUGAACACCGCGGAUCUCUCAGAAAAUGCACCUACCAAUGUCACUGGUUACGCGGCUACAUCUACUGUAACGAAUAACUCCAUGUUUAAUGAUGCUUCUGGACCCGACGGUGACUUCGGGAUCAUCCCUGGUCCUGCCGGUAUGGGCGGACUCGGAGUUGCUGGACCUGGUGGUGCCGGUGCUGGUAUCAUUGACGCUGGAAUUGGUAACACUGGCAUUUCUGACACCGGCAUUGCCAACUCUGGCAUUCCUAACUCUGGCAUUGCCAACUUUGGUAUCACUAACACGGGCAUUGCCAACCCUGGCAUUGCAAACUCUGGUAUCACUAACACGGGCAUUGCAAACUCUGGUAUCACUAACACGGGCAUUGCCAACUCUGGCAUUGCUAACGCUGGUAUCACUAACGCUGGUAUCACCAACGCUGGCAUUGCGAACACUGGUAUCACUAACACGGGCAUUGCCAACUCUGGCAUUGCUAACGCUGGUAUCACCAACGCUGGCAUCGCUGACCCUGCUCCUCACAAUAUCCUUGGACUUCCCGGUAUCUCUGCGCCUGAGGCUACCCCUGGUGGAUCGACCCUCACCGUCGGCGACAACAGCAACGAGGCAGCGUCGGAGGCCGCAAGAUUGAGCUACAGAAUGUGGGUUGCUAUCAUGCGCAACGACCUCCGCGGCGUCGCGGCUCUCCUGCACCAGGGUGCGACCCCUAUGAUGAACCUCAGGUACGGUGGCUAUGCGCUCGACAUGGCCGUUAGAAUGGGCCACCGGGGGAUCUUGGUACUGUUCCAUCGGACCUCCAAAGGCUUUGCUGACCACGGUAUCCGCACCCUCUUGACUGCCGUUGCGGAGGACAAGAAGGAUAUCGUUGAGGCCAUGCUGAAGAUGGGAAUGAGGGGAAGGCUGAUCAACGAUGAAACGCUCAAGCUAAUCUUCCAUGGCUUUGCGUGCCGUCACGGCACCCCCGAGAUGCUGGACUUCUUGGAGAUUCACGGCACAUGGUGGAGUUGGAAAUCCUACGGGCGCUGGUGUAUCAACUUGACUCACAAAACGGAUGCUUGGGCGAAUGCGGCCAAGAUUAGGGAUCUCCGCGCGAGGUAUAUGCAGCGUGAGGCGGAUAAACAACCCCUUGUGAAAGUGAACGACAUGAUGGACCCGCUCCCCGAAGACCAGACUCUCAAGCCCAUCGAGGAGAUCGUGCGUCUUUACUGCGAGAAGUACCCGAACGUGAUAAUACAGGAUUACUUUGAGGAUGGGUACCUAUCGCCACGUCACCAGAAUCAGGGCCCUGCAGUCGGCGACGUUCAGACCUGGGUGGAGUACCUACACGACCAAAGUUAA